CGUGCUUUCAUUGGUCAGCUUCUACUCCGUGUUUAUUUCCGGAAGUAAGUUGUUGUCAGUAUCAGACUUUCCAUAAGGACUAAACCAAACCUCAUAUCUACGGCGCCGGAACGACAGGAUGGCUCAUUGGUUUCACAGAAACCCACUGAAGGCAACAGCGCCUGUGUCCUUUAAUUUUUAUGGAGUAGCAGGGAGCCCCGCCGCCAAUAAGAUAUGCAAUGACCUGAGGACAACCAGGGCAAGGCUGCUGGAGAUGUUCACCGAUGUCACCUGCAACCCUGAGAUCAUGAAAAAUGCCACCGAUGCAUACUUCUCCCUCCUACAAGGCUUUAUCUCAUCCUUGGAUGGAACUACACAGGAGAACAAGAUGAGGUUCAUCCAGAACUUCAAGUGGACCGACACCUUACAAGGAAACACACCAAGUGCCCAGCAGGAUGCAGUCUUUGAACUGGUCUCCAUGGCCUUCAAUGUAGCCCUCUGGUACACCAAGUUUGCCUCGAGACUAGCAGGAAAAGAAAACAUAACGGAGGCUGAAGCGAAAGAUGUUCACCGGAGCCUGAAAGUAGCUGCUGGUAUAUUCAAAAACCUCAAGGAAGUCCACAUCCCUCGUCUCAUCACCCCAGCCGAAAAGGGCCGAGACCUAGAACCCAGAGUGAUGGAUGCAUAUAUCAUCCAGUGCCAAGCAGAGGCGCAAGAAGUGACAAUUGCCAGAGCGAUUGAACUGAAGCACAAUGCCACUCUCAUCGCAGCGCUGGCAUUUGAGACCGCAAACUUCUAUCAGAAAGCUGACCACACACUGAACACCUUGGAGCCAGAGUGCAGUAGCAAGUGGAGGAAGUAUCUUCAGCUGAAGCAGCACUUUUACAUGGCUUAUGCGUACUGCUAUCAUGGACAGACACUGCUGGCGAGCGACAAGUGUGGUGAGGCUAUAAGAUCUCUCCAGGAGGCAGAAAAGUGUUACUCCCGUGCCGAGGCACUGUGUAAAGAGUACCGUCAGACCAAAGGCCCGGGCACCACAGCCAAACCAUCGGAGCAGCUGUUCUUCCUCAAACUGGGCGGCGUCAUCAAAAACACACUGGAGAAGUGCCAGAGAGAAAAUGGCUUCAUAUACUUCCACAAGAUCCCAGCUGAGGCGCCACAGCUGGAGUUGAAGGCAAGUUACGGCCUGGCUGAGCCAAUCAUCUUCGAGCUGCCGCCUCUCAGCGAGCAGUGCUCCGCUGAAGUCUACGCAACCUUUGACCUGACCAAGGGAGCCAAAAAUGACAAGGCCAAACCCAAGGAGGAGGAAGUGAAACCAGUGAAGGAGCCCGAUUUGAAGCCUCAGAAGGACACCGGCUGCGUGGUCUCCUAAACUUCCCACAGAUUCCAUCUUCAGCCUCAUGCUUCAGUACCAUCUAUUGUAAUGAUGGCAUCCAUAUUUCUCUUCAUGUAAACCUCCAUAGGAAACAAAUGUAUUUUUUUUUUGGUAAUAUUAAUCCAUGGUGUUUUACAUUUAUGCUGAAACAUGCGUAUUGUAUUUGGAUAUGACAUUAUGCCAUUAUCUUCACAUCUAAGCCAGAGCCAGUCACAUCCCCCCUGACAGCUCUUCUUUUAGGUUAUUGUCAGCUGAAAGGAUGACCUUAAAUCUAAGUCUUUACAUGAGGUCAUUUCAGGUAGAACGAUGUGGGUGAAGUAGUUCUACUGAUGGUGCCUUUGGCUGCAUUGUAAACCUGCUCACUGUGGCCCCUUACAGUCUGCUUUUUAACCUUUUUAGCACUCGAGUGCUCUGGCCUGAUCAUAGAUGACACAUACAGUGGAAAGUGGCCUCAUGAUAUGGAUCCAAAACAGAAGAUGCAGUUGUAAAAACUGAAAUGAUACAGAUUUUUAUAUUGAAUAUUAGCCACUACAAUGAAUAUGAUGCAGCCACCCAGAAUGGGUAAUGUAGGAAACUGCAUUCCCACGAUCCGCCUGUAUGCUACAAUACUUUUAGAUGAUGUUAAUGCAAUUAAAGCUGAGAAUUUUUCAGAGCUGGAUCAACAGAAUUGAAAUGUAAAUCAACAGUGGACAGACAAAGACUGCAUGGGUUAUUACUGGUGCAUUUGGUUUGUUUUAGCAGUAGCAGUUUACAAUCAAUAUUUGAUUUAGAUCACAUGAUGUAUGUACUGUAGAUCUUUUUGUACAUGGCAUAGCUGUUUUUUUUUCUACUUCUACUAUUCAUUUAAGUAAUCUUUACUACUGGAUGGGGCUGAAUCAUUCUUUAACAUACUUAGGGAUUCUGUGAUAUAUCCCUGUUAGUAGUAGUUCUUAAUUUAUUUCUAUUGUUAUGCUAUUUUAGUUGACAACUUUAGACACUUACAACAGUAUACAAUUCUGUGUAACUCCAAUCAAAUGUUUUUGGUGAUGUUCAUUUUCAUUUUGCUCUUGUAAACUGAGAGUGCUGCUGUCAAUAGUUUGACACAAUGUAUGUACUGUACAUGUAUUGAGUGUUAUCUCCUUCCUUAAAGACAAAGAUUGGGGCUUGAGCAUUGUGAGACACUGAGUGUGCGAGGACACGAGGACAUUUGUUUCUAAAACUCUCCCACUUUGAAUAUGAAGACGUUAAAGCAUACCUAUCAAUUGCGAAAACUUGUACAAACUGUAAUAUACCGCUCACAUGUACUCAUUUAUGCCCCUACAUGUAUUUUAGCUAUCCUCCCAGCUGUAGUGACAAGCUAACUUUCUCACUAAAUUUCAUGAUUUGAACACCGUUGCACUUUAUAUUCAGUUGUUUUAUUGGCGAUCUAAGGUGUUUAACCAUUGUUCAUUAUACCUGAACAGGGAAUUUAACCAAUCAGACCAAUGCUAGUCCUUUAUCCUUUUAAAGACAACUGUUUAUUAAAAGGGUGUGUCAGUCAGAUCACCAUUACAAUGUACACUCCUGAAGCUCAUUAUUCCUCCUCUAAUGGUGUCCUUCAUGUAAAAUGUAUUUCAAUCGCUAUUAAAUCAUCCAUAUAACACCA